CCUGGUUGUGUGUGCAUAUCCAGCCUCCUGGGUCCUCCUGUCUGCCUCUGCCGCUCUCUGCGCCUCCAGCAGCGCCUCCGUCAGCCUCCACGAUGAGGAGUUUGCGCAUCGCCUUACUAGCGGUGCUGGGUUUAGCCUUUGCUUCGCCACAGGGAAAAGACGACUAUGACUUCGGUUUCGACGCUGGCUCGCAUUUCCGCAGGGAGAAGAAAGGCAGUGACGGCAAGACCCGAGGAGAGUAUGGAUUCCGCACUCCUGAUGGAUGCAUGCAUGUGGUCAGCUUCGAGGCUGACCAGAUUGAUGGCUACCGCGUCCUCGGCUCCAGCAAGAGAGACUGUAUCUUCGAAGUACCUCGGAGGCCAAAGUUUAGUACGACAUCCACAACCAGGCAGCCAGCGACGACCACCAGGCGACCAGCGACGACCACCAAGCGGCCAACGACGACUACCUGGCGACCAUCGACAUUAUCCAUCAUAGCAGACACGACCCACAGACCCAGCGACACUCUCGUCUUACCGGAAGUGCCUGUCGUCGUCGACAAUGCCAUAGUUGGCAGGCAACUCCGUCGUCCCAAUCUCACCACCAAGCGCCCUGUUGCCCAACCACCUCUCACCACCACUACCACCACCAGACGGCCUGGACCCCUACCUCCUUUUGCGUUCAGCACUCCCUCAAGCACCAGCGAGAAGAAGCCCGAACCCCUCUACUCCUUCGGGUUCAUGACUGCCACUCACGGCCACACUGAAACUGGCCUCCCAGACGGCUCCAAGAAGGGAGAAUACUACUGGGACAGCCCCGAGGGUUGGCGAAUCAUCGUUACUUACGAAGCCAACGAGCGAGGCUUCUACCCGAAGGUCCGUCGUGUGAGGAUCAACCCCACCACCACUACACCAGCUCCGAACGUCCCUAGAGACAACCCAGGCAACCCGGAUGAAACAGAUCGUAUAGCAAAGAAUUUCAAUGGUGGCCUGCCCAACCCUUCUUCCGGCUGCCCCUACUUCUUCUACUACAACACCAGAAUCAACUAUCACUGGGAACACUGCCACCUCAACAACACCAAGGUGGGGGAGUUUGGCAGCCUAGGGUCAGACGGGUACUCUCACAAGAACGCCUACUACGCUGACGCCACUGGCUUCCACCCCACUCUGAGCAGAACACCACUCACCCCUCGCCAGCUGGAGGUCAUGGCAGAGUACAGUGAGGGCGUCUUCAUCGUCCCAAAGCCUGACGAGGAGCGACGAGAAACAGAGAAACGAAUCUUUGCCUGGCUGGCUGAGAACAGAGACCAGUUACAGAACCCCUUGAGGUGAACUGUCCACCGCCUCCCCUGAACACUGUUGUAGCCGGGAUCUCCAACCACACACCCGGGGUGCUCCUUGUCAUCUGCCUCAGUCUGAUGAUAAAAACACGACACCUUGGUAUUCACAACUAUUAUUAUUAUUGGUGUUGCUUGGUAUGUCCAUUGUGAAAACGAUAGUGAUUUUGCUUUAUGUGGCCAAACGAGUCAGAAUUGUCGUCUAUCCCAAGAUCUUUAUGGUAG